AGCGUGCCGCACACUCUGGAAGAGAAGCUAAACGAGGUGGUUAAGAACAUCACAGCGCUUCUCCACCCCGGGGAACGAGCCAAUAGUUCCCCUCGUCUCAGCUCUACGGCGUAUUCAGAUGAGAUAUACGAGCUGAGCCAAAGUCAGGUGUCUGCACGCCACGUGGUAAAAAGUGAGCUGCCUCAAUUCUCGGGUGAAUACGAAGACUGGUUAACUUUCAUUUCAACCUACGAGGAUACAACGCAGAUGUGCGGGUUCUCUCCCAGAGAAAACAUAAUCCGGUUGAAGCAAGCCUUGAAAGGAAAAGCGCUGAAGACGGUGCAAUGCCGCUUGAGACGCGCCGAAGAUCUUCCAGAAGCCAUCGAGACACUCAGGGAAACGUUUGGAAGACCGGAAAUGGUCAUAGAUUCCCUUCUCGACCAGAUCCGCCAUUCACGACCGCCGAAGGAAGAUCGCCUCGAUAGCAUUGUAGAUUUUGCCCUGUCCGUAGAAGAAAUCUGCGCCACCGUCAGGAACAGCGACGUCGAACGACGCUACGACGGACCGGUGCUACAAGAGUUAGUGGGAUUGCUUCCCCCCUCAAUGAAACUAGAUUGGGGAAAGCACUGUUUAACGUUAAAACACAAAUCUCUGGAAGAGUUUGGGAAAUAUAUGCGGAUGAUCAAGAAUGCCUGCCUACAUGUCAUCGCUCCAGUGCGUAAUGAACGUCAACGCAAUCCUCGACACGUCAACGUACACGCUGCAACAGAAAAGAUAACGAAUUCCGACCAACCUGAAUCAUCUACAUACAUAAGGUGUGCUGCGAUAACCACUGCAACAGCCUGAUGAAUUGUGACGAAUACCGACACAUGUCGGUCACGCAGCGGUGGAACCUUAUUCGAACCAGACGACUGUGCAGGAGCUGCUUGAAAUCUCAUCGAAGUGAGUGUCACGAGUCGCGUCCCUGUGGAGUUGACGGUUGCCAGUUUCGACAUCAUGCAUCUCUACAUCAAACCGGUUCCACAAGUAACUCAGGCAAGUAUCGUAGCAAUUUUCACUCGACCGAUAACCUAAACGUUUUGCUGAGAUACAUUCCAGUAACGCUGUACGGACGAGGAAAGGUCGUGGAAACGCUUGCAUGCCUGGACGAAGGCUCAUCAGUUACCCUGAUGGAACAAGGCCUGCUACAGGAACUAGGCCUAAAUGGAUCCCCACAACCGCUCUGCCUCUCAUGGACCGGGGGUCAACAACGUGAAGAAAAUGACUCGGUGACUUUAGCCAUAGAUGUAUUCGGUACAGCACAACAUGCACCACGUUUCGAGAUGGCUUCAGUAAGAACGGUACGAAGCCUAGGUCUCCCGGGUCAACGUGUAAUGAUGGAGUCAUUAUCGUCCAAGUAUCGCCACUUACGAGGUCUUCCUAUAAGCUCAUAUAGUGAUACAGCUCCUAAGCUACUCAUAGGGAUCGACAAUUAUCGUCUGACACGACCUUUGAAGGCCAUAGAAGGAGAACCCUUUGAACCAGUCGCCACCAAAACACGUUUAGGAUGGGUUGUGUCUGGACACUGCGCUCAAUUUCAGGGUGAUGGAUGAAAAGUAACAUUAGCCACGCAUAACGCGAGACUUUGCGUUUGUUCUAACCUAGAAGCAAGAUUAGAUGCCGUUCUUAAAGGAAGCUUCGACUUGGACAAAUCUAACGGUACACCACCACUACCAAAGGCAACGAAAAGAGCGCUAGACUUGCUGAGAGAACAAACCAAGUUUGUAGAAGGAAGAUUCGAAGUAGGGCUCUUAUGGAAACGAGAAAAUAUGUCCUUGCCAAAUAAUCGCUCAAUGGCCCUACGCCGCCUCGAUUGCCUUGAGAAACGCCUGAUUCGAGAACCAGAGCUAAGAGUAGCCAUGAAUGCAGUGAUCAGCGAACACAUCAAGAAAGGCUACGUACAAGAACUUCCUAAAACCGAGAAAAGUAUGAUGUCGGCAAGAACUUGGUACCUGCCAGUAUUUCCUGUCUCUAGAGCCAACAAGCCCGAUAAAAUCAGAGUAGUGUGGGAUGCUGCAGCAGAAUUCCGUGGAGCAUCUCUAAACUCUAUGUUUCUUACCGGUCCUGACCUCCUGACACCACUCAUCGUCGUACUACGCAGAUUUCGAGAGUACAAGAUAGCUGUCGCUGCCGACAUUUCCGAGAUGUAUCAUCAAGUACGCGUCAGUCCCAACGAUCAUGAUAGUCAGAGAUUUUUAUGGAGGUGGAACAAGGAUGAAACCGAACCUAAGGAAUACGUAAUGAAACGAAUGACAUUCGGCGCCGCUUGCUCACCUAGCUGUGCUCAAUUUGUAAAAAACUUGAACGCUGAACGGUUUCAAGAAAGGCUUCCGAUUGCAGCACGUUGUAUCAAGGAAGACCACUACGUAGACGACAUGCUGACGAGCCAAGAGGAGAUAUGUGAUGCGAUUAAGCUUGCCAAAGACGUCUUAUACGUCCAUGAACAAGGAGGUUUCCCGCUGCACAACUGGAUAUCAAACUGUGAAGAAGUACGUCGAGCAAUUGGUACUACGUCUAGCGAACAACAGAAAAAUCUCAACCUUGAACCGACUGUGACCACUCAGAAGGUCCUCGGUAUGUGGUGGGAUGCAGUACUAGAUGUCUUUCGCUUCAAAAUCCCUCCACGUAAUGAAGACUUAUUGCUGGGAACCACUAUUCCAACCAAGCGUCAGAUCCUAAGUAACAUUGCAAGAGACCUGGAGGAUGAAUGUUGGAUGGGACGACGAGGUUCCCCAAUCCAUCUAUGAGAUGUGGAGUCAAUGGCUUGCACAUAUUCCAACCCUCCAAAACAUUUCGAUACCACGCUGCUAUCGCGAAUCUGUGACAAUAACUGAAUGCAAAAUACAACUGCACGUAUUCGUCGACGCUGGUAAGGACGGCUAUACUGCUGUCGCAUACUUCCGGUUUGAGACCAACGACCACGUUGAGGUCGCACUAAUAGGGGGAAAGACACGCGUCGCUCCAUUGAAGUAUAUUUCAGUACCUUAGACAACAGUAGGUUAGAGCUUCAAGAGCUUCAAACAAGCCAGUAGGUUAGAGC